GUUGCGUUGCGGAUAAGAUCACCCGAUAGAGUAGUGAUCCUUACAACUGAAGACUGAACGUUUCAGUUGUUUGUGAUUGUAAGACGUGGUAUAUUCAAGUUGUGCGUUACAGUUUUUUGACUUUGAAUGUACUAUGGAAUUUACUAAUGUCUACUUUCAUCCGCAUGCUUCAAUAAAGGUUCCUGACCACUAGGUUCUCGCAAUGGUAUAACUUGUGUAGUAACUUCAUUUUCUCCAUACUAAAACACUCGUGUUUUUAAGAUUGCUUCUGAUCUAUUUCUCCAUUCUGCGGCUUACACAAUGAAUGGGAAAGAUCGAGAAAAUAUUUUCAAGUUAAUAAAGCGUGCUAAGGAACUACAAACUGACGAAGAAAAGAAUCACUUAAGAAAACGAACCGAAGGUCAAUUGCUAAAAUUUACAAAUGUUAUGAAAGGUUACCAGUAUCGUUGGUUUGUGAUAGAUCCAGAUUCAGGAAGGAUAGAAUAUUAUGAGAAAGAAGAUCAUAAACGAUCACUUAAACCCCGUGGAGCCCUAAGUCUUAUAUAUGCCUCCAUUUGUCCUUCAGAUGAAGAUUCACAAACCUUUUUUAUUAACGCCGCAAAUGGUGAUUUAUUAAAACUGAAAGCAAUUGAUGCUAAAGAGAGGCAAUAUUGGGUAGAUCGUCUUCGAGCAGUUGCUGAAUAUCAUUCAGAGAAAGCUGAACAGCAUCCAUUGAUCGCUACUUUAUCUGGGACUUCUGAAUCCUCUAACCAUGUAGAUUCACAAACUACCGGAUCUCAAGUGCCAAAUUCCUCUAAAAGUUCGUGUUCACAGUCAAAUGAAGUUAAUCAUACUAGUGAUCAGUCUACUAAUGGAAAUUUUCCUAUUGCAGACGCUAGUACAUUCCCUGUAUUCUGUCCUGGUCGCCCAUCUGAUCCACGAGUCCAACUUGGAGAAUUAUUUCGUCAGUUAGAGUUGGAAAAUCAUGCACUUUCCACUGUUGUUGAUAGAACCUCCAUUCGAAGUCCGGAAAUUACAGAUGUAUUCAAAAAUCUUCUUUUAUCAAAAGCAACAAGUCAAGCAACAUUAGAUUGUUUAAAACGUUGUAUGGAAUUGAUCAAACAUCAAGAGAUAACAAGUAUAGUAGAAAAUGGUAAAAUGGCUAAAUCGUAUGCUUCAAAUACUACAGACAGUACAAGUUUGUAUCCUAGUGUAUUUGGUACUGUGGUUGACUCAUCUGAAACUUACAAAAUCAAUGAUAUGAAUAUCUCUAAUGGCCUUUCAAGUAGUGUUCAACUAUCCGAAGAAAUGAAGAAUAUUCUUUCUACAUUUCCACUGCCUAUAAAAGAUAUGCAAAUUAAUUGCAAAGAUAUGCCAAACGAUGUAGAUGAAAUCGAUGAUAAUCGUAAUGAUAACAAUGAAGUUUUUGCUAAUAACAAUGAUAAUAAUAGUUCACAAAAACAAAUUAUAAAUUCAUAUAAUGAUGAUGACGAAAAUGAUGAACAUAAUAAAAAAGUCAUUUUACACGUACUUUCUCAAUUAAAACUUGGUAUGGAAUUAACCAAGGUAGUUUUCCCUACGUUUAUUUUGGCGGAAUAUUCUUUGCUAGAAAUGUUUGCUAAUUAUAUGGCCCAUCCGAAUUUGUUUUGCAGCAUUACUGACUAUGUAGAUCCUGAAUGGCGUAUGAUAGCAUUUAUUCAAUGGUAUCUUACUACAUUUCAUUCUGGACAUCUGGAUACAAUUGCCAAAAAGCCAUAUAAUCCUAUUAUUGGUGAGACGUUUCAUUGUAGUUGGAUUGUACCACCAGAUCAACUAAACAGUGAAUCAUGUUUAUCAGAAAUAAAUAAAGAUACGUGUAAAAUGUCCACCACCACAAAAAACAACUACAAUGUACCCGUAGUUAUAAGAUAUUGUGCUGAACAAGUUUCUCAUCAUCCAUCUGUUACUGUCUUUCAAUUUUCUUGUCCUAUCAAACAAAUGAAAUUGACUGGUUCAUUGUGUACUCAGUCUAAAUUCCAAGGCAUGAGUGUUUGUGCAGCAAUGUUAGGCAAAUUAAUAUUGAAACUUGGUGAGCAUAAUGACGAAGAGUAUCACUUUUCCCUGCCUGCGGUAUACGCUAGAUCAAUUUUAACAGUACCUUGGGUUGAAUUCGGUGAUAAAGUCUCUGUCACAUGCCCUCAAACUGGCUAUUCAGCUGUUAUCACAUUUUUAACUAAGCCACAUUAUGAAGAUAAACUACAUUGUAUCACUGGAGAAAUUUACAAUACACACAGUAUUUCUCCAACUUCAUCUGAUCGUUCAGCCAAAGGGCCUGGGUCAUCACCAUUAAGUUCAGUUAGAAAUAGCAAUCAUUUAAUUGCACGUAUUUCUGGUGAAUGGAAUAAUAUUAUCAAUUUUGAAGUUUUUAAUAAGAAUUUAAAUAAAUGGUCAGUGAAUGUCAAUCAAUUGCCUGUUUUCUCAAAACAUAUACGUCCUAUUGAAUAUCAACAACCAGAAGAAUCUCGUCGUUUAUGGCAAAAUGUUACUAAAGCUUUACAAUUAAAAAAUUUUAAUUUGGCUACAGAGAAAAAACAAGAACUUGAAGAACGACAACGUUUAAGUGAGAGCUAUCGAGCAUUGUAUAAAUUCGCUUUCCCAGUCAAAUACUUCACAUGGUAUGAAAACUCUUGGAUAUUGAAAACCACUUGUAAUCAAUAAUUUACAUGGAAAUAAUACUAGAAAGUAUUUUGCCAAUAUAUAUAUAUAUAUACAUUACUUUGUAUUUCGUACCUUGAUUGUUAAUUAUUUUUUGUUUCCCUCUUUUUCUAUGUUCUGUUUCUUUUUUUUGUGUAUUUACUACUGAUUUCUUUUUAUCCAUCCAUCUAAAAUAUGUACACUUAUUUUGAUAAUGAGCAUCAUAAGAUAACUUACACCCUGUUAAAUUAUUCAUUUAACCGUGUUCCAGUUUAGCAGCAUUAAUAGAGAGGAUCCUUUAAAUAAUGCGAAAUAACAAUAGCAAAAUUGGUCAUUAAUUCAACGGUUGUUAAAUAUUAAAAUAAAAAUCAGAAUCCGAUAUUAUAGAGUGCAAAUGGUGUUAUCUGGAAGAAAAUUACUCGAAAUGAUCAUUUAAAUUCGUGGUUUGUAUACUACACAUUUAUUGAUCAGGUCUAUAACGAUAAACUGUGUCGAGUAGUUCACUAGAUCUUGUUGCAACGGUUAAAUGGUAAGAGUUCCAGCCCCCAUAUACCCUGGUACGGUCGAGAGUGGGGAGAGUCAACUCUUCCUCCCAAAAUGCUCUCACAUAGCCACGCGCACACAACCUCUGUCAGGGAAGUCCUACUCACUGCCUUUUCGCGGCUGGGGUGUUGUUUAUGAAAUUGAGAGGAUGAAGAGCGAAUGUCCUACGCUUUAACCGGAUUGUUGGACAUAUUUGAUGCCUUCUUGCACCUAUGUUUAUGUGUUUGAAUAAAUAAAUAAAGAGUUCCAGCUAAGCUUCGAGGUGACAAUCAUUCCGUAAGUAUUAUGUAACUAGUCAUGUCUUUCAAAUUUAUCCCUUCAUAGGUUUAGUAAUGGGGGUUAUUCACUUAUCAUGUUUAAUCAAUUAUAGUAAAACUCAAAUCCCAAUCACAUAUAGGUAAUGAUCUCUAUUUCGUUAUUUGAUAAUGUGUAGAUUUCAUCUUCUCGAUUCUAGUACGAUUUACUCCAGUUCAGCACCAUAAACUCAACAAUUGUUUGUAUUAACAAUGAUUAAAUUAAUUAUUUUAUUUAGUUAAUAAAUCCCAUAUAGCAACUAUGUAAUAUUCAUAGUUUGUAAAGAACAACAUCCGUAAUGUGUAUGAUUCGUUUUAAUGCGAUCUGGAAAGCAGUAAUUAUCACGAAAUCGUAUUCACGGUUAGCGUUUUUUUGAUACUUUUUUCAAUAACCAAAGAAAGUCACACAUAAUACAUCCAAAUUGGUGAAAAUUAAAUAGUCUCUGUAAGACAGUUGAUUAGUUUUCAAAAUCUUGAAGUAAUUCCUAACUUACAUCUUUUCAUGAUAUACACGUCCUUUUAACUUAUCAUACACAUUAACCGCAAUCGUGUAGUACCUGAACCAUAUCAGAUAUCUUGAUCUCAACAACCAAACUAAUAUUUUCUUUGCGUCCAUUUUUCAUCAUCUCGAAAUCUUACAACAAUUAAGAUACUGAUGAAAUAGACAAGUUGUUCAGUGUUAAUAUUGAGUACAAUGAGGUUCCAUCCCACUAAUUAGUAAUGACACUUGACCAGUUCAAUAUUUUUGACUUAAAUUUAUAUUUGUUUACCUCGUAACCUAAGUCGUCAUAAUAGAAGAAGUAGGAUUCACACAUUUCGCGACUUCACAUUUAUCUACGUAAUUACAUCACUGCAAUAUAAAUUUGAUGAAAUAAUAUAUCUAAUUUAUAGGAAAAAAUACGGACAAGAUUAAAAACCAAGGAUCUGGUUUUAUUAUGAUAAAGAGAGAUGAAGUUAUACCUGACUAUUGCCUGCUAGUUGGCGUCUGUUACAUGAUACUUUUUUAAACUUUGGUAGUUUUAUCGGCACUUCGGUUCUGAUUAUACUGUUUGUAAAGAUUAUUAUUAUUAAUAGCUUUAUUCAAUAUUAUAUUUUCGGUACAAUAUAAAGUUCUCAUCGCAAAUUAUUUCAACAAGUUUCCGUUUCAUAUUUCUUGGUCGAUCCUGAUAAUAAAUAAUGAGUCUUCGCCAGUAAAAAGUUGGCAGUUCAGGAAUCGACAUCUGAAUAAUGUACAUUCUUCUCAAUGUAUAUUGCCAGCGACCACUAUAUCUCGGAUUUAGCUCAUUCCUAACUUGUACAGCGAAAGGUCGUGAACUUUUCACAAACGCACUUGAAUAGGUUAUGCAAUUAAUUGAUAUAAUGAUUUGUUGAAACAAACAAAAGAGAGAUGACUGGUUGAAAUAUCUAGAUGGCAGGAACAGGUAGCCCGGAUAUUUAAGCAUGCCGCCUAUUUUAUAAAUGUGAUUAAACAGUCAAAUCAAUCAAAACUACUUCCUAAUCAGUAAUAUUUCAAAUUAACUGCAAUGAAUAAAUCCAUAUACUUAUUUGUACUAUCACUUUUCCAAAUAUAAACGAAUAUUCAGAUUAGGUGGAAUGGGGCUAGCAAUGGAAUUCGUGGCGCACGUUUCGUCCUCUUCGAGAAUCGUCAGUUGAGCACCUAAAUCGUACCAAAACUGUUCACUCUCCAGAACUAACUAAGUACCUCCCACUUCAAAAACAACGCGUUACUCAUUUAGCUACCGAAUUCCAGUAGAUUCUCAUUUAUGUGACGUGUAUAA